UCAGGUUCUGCUCUACUGUCUCUUGCACUUUUUGUGACUUUUCAAAUUCCACCAUCAAUGCGUGCAUUGCCAAUAGAUUGCCAAAAGAACACUGCAGUUUGCCUAGAAGAAAUAAUGAAGGAACUCACCCAAGUUCGAUUUGAGAUUAACAUUCUCACAGAGAACAGAACAUCGUUGAGACGUAAGUAAGAUAUAUUUCGCUUACUCGUAUUUGUUAUUCCAUCUUCUCUCAAUUGUUACUUAUAUUACGGGAGACUUAUUCUGCAGAAUGGUGAAUCUAAAUUAUGUUUCAAAGGACCAAUUUUACAAUUCUAAAAUGUACAGUUUUCUCGUCGGAACUCUCAUCCUUUGCAAUACUCUUUUAACCAGCGGUGUAGUUGAACGUGGAAAGGAAAAAAAAAAAAAAAAGGAUAACACACACUUUGAAAUGUUUUCAGUAACUUUCUCUGAAAGGAGCAACAAACAGUCUAUUAGAAUAAGAAACAGUAUAUUGUUUGGUUUGGAGCCGAUUCGAGAGGCAGGAACCGAGGAAUGAAGGUUCGUUCCAGAAUGUGUAAGACAGUUUUGUUUCUGUGUGUUUGACAAACGUUAAUGAUAUAUUUUUUUGCUUAUGUCCGUUCUAUUUGUAUCGUUUUUCUCCUCAUUAAUUUGCUUCAUACCUAAUCAAAAUUAACGACAGAGGGGCUAAAGUUAACAAGUACGUGUCAACUAUUUUACGGUCAUAUUGUAGAUGAAAAAUCGUCUAAUUUUUCUUUGUCUUUUGUGUCUCAGAUCCAUGAUUAUGACACUAAAAGUACAUAUUUGCAGCACCUGAACACUUGCACCUUCAGAAUAAAUAUAAGGAGAUUCUGUCCAACAGUUAUAGGAUGCUACUAUUGAAAUGAUAUUCCUAUAACAAUGCGGGAGAAGCCCACUAGAAAACUUUUUUUUUAAGAGCAGUUUUUAUGUAUCACUUUUCUCAGCAUUUAUCAAUGUCUUCCUUUGACUAUGUACUAUUGAUAUAUUUAUUGUUAAAAGUGUGAUUCUUAUUCCCUCUCUCAUGUAUGCAUCGCUUUUGUUUUAUUGCAUGAAAAAUAAAAUGUUAUUUGGUGUAAAGGGCAUCUAAUUAGCUUUCUUUAUUAUGCCUAUCUACAAUUUUCUCUAUUUUUUGUAAUUAUUCAAAGGUUGUGAUUGUUGAAGUGAAGGUACGUUACUAAACAUUUGUGUUCAUACCAUUAAUUUGACACGACAAAUUACAUAAAAGAUCUACGAAAAAUAUAGGUUCCGUCUUUUUCUUUCAAAGAUAGAAAUUUUUUACACAAUUUUUCGUCAGGUGCAAUUUCUAUACCCACCCUCGGUUCAAACAUUUCCACACCAUCGAACACCUUUAUUUUAUUUUCAACAGCUAAGAACUGCGCUGAGCUGUACAAAUCUGGUCAAAGGGUCAGCGGUGUUUACACGAUCGACCCGGAUGGUUCAGGCGCCUUUAAUGUAUACUGUGACCAAACUACAACUGGUGGGGGAUGGACGGUGAUCCAGAAGAGAAUGGAUGGCUCUGUCGGUUUUAACCGCACCUGGGAUGACUACAAGCAUGGCUUCGGUAACUUGGUCGGUGAAUUUUGGCUCGGACUAGACAAGAUAAACCGCCUGACACGAAACAAGACAAAGAACAAGCUUCGAGUAGAUCUAGGAGUAAAAACUGGCAAAACUGUGCACUCUGAGUAUGGCUGGUUUGGAAUUGGGACCGAGACAGCUAAGUACUCGCUAAACCUUGGCAAAAUCAUAGGUAAGUAGACCGUUUUUUAGCAUUCAUCCCUCGAUCUUAAUACGUUACUCCUCUCUCAUCAAAAUCUCGAUCUAAAACUCCACGUGGUCGAAUAACGAAGUAGACCCACAUGUCCGGAUUCGUUCUUACUCGGUCGAGAGUUUGGUCCGAGUGCCACAUAAGAAACUUCUUACUAACCUUAUUUUAUUUAUUUAUUUAUUUAUUUUUUUACGGAAAACAACAAGUUUGAAAUUACAAAGACACUAUACGAACCCUUGAAUUAUGCGGAUUUCUUUUGUUCUGUUUUGAAACAGAUGCCACUGUUUCCAAUAAUUCCCUCGUUCCUCAUAAAGGUUCCGGUUUUGGUACCUGGGAUAAGGUUCCUGCUGGUUGUACUCAAAAAAUAGGAGGAGGCUGGUGGUAUGACAGCAGUAUUACUAAAUGUACUAUUUUGUCAAAUCUCAAUAGUAUUUAUCCACGUUGUGGAAAAGAAACCUCGGCCGCUAUUCACUGGGGAUACUUAGAUUCUCGCAGUCCCAAGAGAAGCGCUCCAACAUCAACUGAAAUGAAAAUAAGACCAGUGGAAUUUAUGCACGUGGCUUGA